AUGCCGACCGCAAACAAGGGCGUUCUGGUCAAAUGCGAUCCAGCUACAAAGCAAUAUCUACUUCAUCUUAAUGAGACGGCAGUACAGCAAAGGUUUGUGAUUGAAGACCUAGAUGAUUUGCACUUAUUUAUUGUGCCAGACCCAAAAGUCAUUGCGUUCAUUGAGAAGAAGAUGGACGAGUGGAACGAACAAAACACGUAUCAGCCACCCACGCAGUAG